AUGGAAGAUGUUGUUCGUGAAUUCAACGAUCGACCUCGACGGGCAACUUAUGAAUCUUUAAACCAACCUUCAGAAAUAUUCCAUCUGAGCAGAAGGAGGUUGCAAUCUAUACGUGCCGCUUCAAUUGCCUCGUUACUUUUAAUUCUUCUACAAACCGUAGCAGGAGUUAUUUCCGGGUCUCUAGCAAUCACCGCUGAUGCUGGGCGAUUAUUUGCAGAUUUCAUCGAACAACAUAAAUACAGUCAACUCCAUACCCCAGUCUAUCGACGAAUAGAGUUAAUGACAAUUUUUGGGUCAGCGUUGGUGCUUACCCUAAUUAACGUGACGUUUACAAUUAUUGGUGUGCAUCACAUAAACGAAGGUUAUAUGGACAUUUUAAAUCCAUGGAUGCUGGUCGGAGCUAUUUUAUCAUUGACAACCAAUUGUAUCCUUUUGUUUAUGCAUUAUAAAGCUGAUUGGAGCGGAAACCCAUCCGAUCGCCAGCGAUUAACAAAUUUAUGGUUGUAUCGAAGACCAGAGCUUUUGCACGGUGUUGUCAACCAUGGUUUUGGAGUACUUGUUCUACUUGUGGCAGUACUUGUUAUGAAUGGCUAUUACGUCGCCGACGCCAUCGCCACUUUCAUCAUAAUUCUAUUCUCAAUGGCCAAUAUUGUAUCAGCUGUUGCGAAGGUCAAUCGUGAAUACAAAACCUUCCACUUCUUCCAAAAUAAUUAUGAGGCAAUCCCGGAA